UUUGUUUCGUAAACACGCAGGACACACGCAUCGAGGAAAUUGAUGGAAAGCGCUGAAUUUCGCCAAUUUUGCUGCAAUUUCCAGUCCGCAUGCAAGUGUUGACACGCGAAAUAUCAACUCUGUGAAUAAGCAGUUUGCAGGAGACGCUAAAACAUUGAUAUUUUGAGGAAUUCAUGAAAUAAUUAGCAAUUAUAUUGAGUUGUCUUUUUGGCGCGCAACGUUGAUCAAUGACAUCAGUCUUUACGUUCAAUCUUCAUGUCUGUGGUUGCACGUAUGCAAUUGUUUUUUUACAGUUUUAAGCAAUAAUUCCGAAAACAACUUAUCUACAUAUACAUAAGUUUCAACACAUCCUCAUCAUGAGCAAGAGACUGAGUAAACCAUACAAUGCAUCUGUGAUGUGCAAAGUCAAACACAUCACACAACCUUUGGGAAAAGAUGGUUGGCGUCGAAGAGUUUACCUGAGAACCACUGGCGCGAGUGCAGGUCGCAAGGACAUCGUUCUCAUCGCCCCUGACGAAACCCUUUUGCGUUCAAGAGUUGAGAUUGAUCGCUACUGCAAGGAGCACAAUUUGACACUGGAUCCGGAGGUGUAUAGCGUUUCUCAAUCAAAAGCUGAACACCUUUUCAAAAAAGAAAUUGCGGCUCUGAUUAGAAUUAAAGAAGCAACCAAAAACACUCAAGAGAGUGUUGCUAGGAAAGCUAAAGAAAAUGAUAAGGCCAACAAAGAGUCGCUUAAAGACAAGGUAGCAGCAGCAGCAUCAGCAGCUCAAAUGUCAGUCGCACCAGUUAAGGCCAAGAGGGGCAGGCCGCCAAAAGUUAAGUCUGUCCUCUCUGAGAGAUGCAGGAACAAGUCUGGAGACUCUGCUAGCAGCUCUCUCACAAAGAAACGAAAACAUUCAGUUUCUCCAGUCAAGGAUGCGAAGAAAUUGAAGGAAUCACCCACUGCAUUAACUGGUCGGCAAACAAGGAACUCGCUGGCAACCUCUUUUUCCCCACCAAAGCUGGAUAAUCCAACUGGGCUGGUCACCCCUGAUAGCCUGCCAAAAUCUUGGAAGGUGCAGAAAAAUGGGGACAGUAACUUGAUAUUUGUCGAGAGCGGCAGCAGCAGUCUGAGCUCCCUUCGACAGCUGAAGAUAUACGCUGCCAAACACUGCAUUCGUGUGGACUUAGAGGAGUUUAAGCACUUCUUUGAAACUCAAUCAGACGCGACUGGUAAUCAUGCAAGCCAAAAUGAGACUGCUGAAGCGGACAUACCAGAAGGUGCAGACGAAAGUAAGAGUGUUGCUACCUCUGAAUCGUUGGAACACAUUGAAGAUAUCAGUGAAGAUGAGGAGGACAAAGAAACUGGGGAGCAAGCUGAAGGUUCUGAAGCAAAAAAAGAGGGCGAAGAGGACACUGCAUUGGCAAAUGCAGAAGAAUCUGAGUCCCUGGGGAGUGAAUUAGAGGAACUUGCAUCAAACAUCUUUGAGUCUGACGACUACGACGUGCCAAUGGAUGACUUUGAAACCAGACUGCAAACUGAAGAGUUUGCAGGAAAAGAAAAAGAACCGGAAGCAGAAGCUAAUUCUAAAGAAGUGAAAGAGGAAGAAAUUGAUCCAGAAAUACCAGUUGAAGACAUCAAAGUGGUGAACAACAAAGACCUGGACAAGAUAGACCCAACCAACUUCAAGUUCUUUGUACUGCCAGAAGAUGAUGGUGAACUGCCCAGUGACUCAAUAACUGCCGCUGAUAACCAAUGUGAAGAAGAAAGUUCCAACGAGGAGGAGAGCCAUGUUCCUGAAUCAGCAACAGAAUUGGCAGGCGUACAAGGUGAACCAGAAGAAGAGUGGGAUCUGUGCUCCCCGUACAACCUGAUUUACGAGAGCCUGGGCACAGACCAAUGGCGCCUACUUGUUGCCUCGAUAAUCCAGCCUCACGUGUCGGCACAAGUCGGACAAGUUCUGACUCUCAACUUCCUUGAACGCUGUCCCGACCCAGCAUCAGCCCUCCAGCUGUCUGACCCUUUUUCUCUUCCUGAGUGCGAGGUCGACCCAAAGUUUGCGUGGGUGCUGGGCAAAUUGCUGAAGCUGGCCAGGUUUCUGACUGAAGGAACAACCGACGAGAAGCUGAAGGAGCUGAUUGGAUCGUACGGCGUUGCUGUCCUCACUAUAUUUGGUGAAUCAAAGCUGGACAUUGUAACAGAAGAGUAUGAUCUCAAGACAUACCUGAGUUGGCGCCGAAACCAGCAAAGUAUGGGUCAAGAUGAAUAGCAAAUUUAUUUUUAACACCUAAUACGACAAACUCACCAUCAAGCCUUAUAAAGGUUAAUAUAAUGAGUACAAGAUAUCAAUAGAGUAUGUACGCCUUAUAUAAAAAGCCAGUUUUGUAUAAUGAGAAAGAAAAAUAAAAUAUUUUAUUUCGAAAAUAGA